UGAAACUCAUCAACAUGGCGGAGCAGGAGCGCAGCGUGGAUUUGGACCAGAAUCAGUUUUGCUGUUCAGUAUGUCUGGACCUGUUAAAAGAGCCAGUCACCAUUCCCUGUGGACACAGUUACUGUAAAAGCUGUAUUGAGGGAUGCUGGGACCAGAGAGAGGAGAAGGGAACGUACAGCUGCCCUCAGUGCAGGGAGACCUUCAGUCCCAGGCCUGUUCUGAGGAGGAACAACAUGCUGGCUGAGGUUGUUGAGAUGUUAAAGAGAACAAGCACCCAGCAGGCUGCUCCCCCUGCUGCUGUGGCCUGUGCCGGCCCGGAAGAUGUCGCCUGUGAUUUCUGCUGUGGGAAACGAAACAAAGCCACGACGUCUUGCCUGACGUGUUUGGCAUCUUACUGUCCAGCUCACCUCGAGCCUCACUACAGUGUUCCGGUGUUGAAGAAGCACCAGCUGGUCUCGGCUACAAUCCCCCUACAGGAAAAGAUGUGUACAAAGCACAACAAGCUGAUGGAGGUCUACUGCCAGACAGACAAGAAGUGUAUCUGCUAUCUGUGCAUUAUAGAUGAGCAUAAAAGCCACCGUACAGUGUCAGCUGCAGCAGAGAGGGCUGAGAAAGAGGAACAGCUGAUUGAGAAGCAAAUGGAAGUCCAGGAGAGAUUCCAGGAGAGAGAAAAGGAGCUGGAUGAGCUGGUCCAGGCUCUGAAGGAUUUCAAGAGUUGUAGCCAGACUGCAGUGGAGACCAGUGAUGAGAUCUUUGAUGAGCUGAUCUCCUCCAUAAAGAAAAAACACACUUUGGUGAAGGAGCUGAUCAAAGCCCGGGAGAGGACUGCAGUCGCUCAGGCUGAAGAGCUGCAGCUGCAGAUGGAGGAGGAGAUCACCAAGCUGAGGAGGAGAGACACCGAACUGGAACAGCUUUCUCAUGUGGACGACCACAUCCUUUUCAUUCAGACUUUCCAGUCCCUCUCCACCUCCUGUGAAUCUCCAGACUUGCCUUCAGGUCGCGUUGUUCGUCCCCAAAGUUGGUUCAAAACUGUGACUGACUGCUUGUCCAAGCUGAGGGCUGACAUAGAGAGCCUCCUGCAGGUGACGGGGCCCAGGAUCUCUGCCACAGUGUCUACUAUAGAUGUUGUGCUGCCACCUGUGCCAAAGACCAGAGAAGAGUUUUUAAGCUAUUGCUGUCCUCUAACACUGGAUGAGAACUCAGUCCACAGAUACUUGUCCCUUUCACAUGAAUUCCGGCGGGUGAAGAGUGAAUACUACGAAAGAUGUUAUUCUGCUCACUCAGACAGGUUUAUGAAUGUCAGGCAGGUGUUGUGCAGAGAGGGUUUGUCAGAGCGUUGUUACUGGGAGGUGAGUGGCAGUGGUUGUACUUGGUCAGUGGCAGUGUCAUACAAAGACAUCAGCAGAUCAUCGUCACAUGACUCAGAGUAUGGAAAGAAUAACAAGUCGUGGCGUUUAGAGUGCUCCCCAGAUGGUUACUCUUUCCAACACAACAACGGAAGAACAACAGUAUCAGGCCCUCAAUCCUCCAGGAUCGGAGUGUUCCUGGAUUAUAAGGCAGGUACUCUGUCCUUUUAUAGCAUCUCUGACACGAUGACUCUGCUCCACAAAGCACACGCCACCUUCACCCAGCCUCUCUAUCCUGGCCUUGGGCUGAAGGGUGGUGGAUAUGCAGAACUGAUUGACUACUUGUGAUAAAAUGUAUAUUGGGUUAAUGUGUACCACUGUUGAUCAGGCUGUAAUUGGCCCUCCAGCAUAACUGGAUACCAUAUGAUAGAUGAGAGGAUGUGAUUUUACAAGAGUGAAAAUGGUAAAACGAACGUUGAAUCCCACGUGCCCAAAUGUUAAGGUCUUGCUAAGUCAGAGUUUUGUUGUAGAGUUUUUGUGCCAAUUUUCUCUGUAGCUUGUCAAUGCUAACAAGAAAUAUUUUCUAAAUAAUAGCCAGUGUUUUUUUGCAGAAAAUUUGUAAAGAAAUAUGCCUUAAGAGUAUGGCAUAUCUGCAGUUUAGCACUUUGAGUAAGAAAACCUUCGAAAGCCUAUAUAAGUAGUUUCCUUAUUGCUAAACAAUUAAAACAACUAAGGUAAAAGGGUGUAGUGGUGUUAAACAUUUUUUGUUAAAUGGUUGGGAUUUUUUCACUUUGGCUUCCCCAGUUGAAACAAACGUAUUCUUCUUUGGGGUUUCCAGAUAUUUUUUUUUAUUAGGCACCAUGUGGGUCUGAAGGUUUGUCUGAUUUAAAACACGACAUUUGAAAAUGUUUUUUAAAAAACAUGUUCUUUUGAGUGUUAUGGCUCUUAGUUAUUAUGGCCGAUUGCUUUCACUUGUUCAUUUGGAUUGCCAACUGGAAUACUUCUUUGCAUAAAAACGCUGCUCAGAAAUGGUGACACUUCCUGUCAUAUAGAGUGGACAUUUUCUGUUAUUUACAUUCUCCACCACAUUGGAUCAUUUAUAUGCAGAAGAGUAUGUUUUGGUUAUUUUCAGAGGAAAGAAAUGAAUAAAUAAAUACAUACUCACA